UAUUGCUACAUUCGCAGUAAAGAUCAGCUUUUGUGUUUCCAUCAUCGUUUAUGUAUGAUUGUAAUGACGUUGUUUGAUAUUAAGACUAGCAGUAAAACUUUAUAUUCUGUAAAAAAAGGCUUUAUUUCCAGCGCCGCCUCCCAGAAUGCUUUGCAUGGGGACGUGCGUCUGACGUCACGUAUACAGAAAAUUCGAAAUGGCUGCACGCGGUAGGUGAGGCCCGAGCGAAGAAAAGUGGAAAAGAGUGUUAUUCGUCAAAAAACCCACACAACGACGGUCAUUUUUUCGCCGUGCUAUUGUAAAAUUGUCUUUUAUCUGUGUUUUGUGUUCCGGGGGACCCCGACUCCAGAAAGUGAAAGUUUCCCGCGUGAAGCCGCUCCACCGUCUCGCCGAGUGCCAGCAAGAGUCAUGAGUACUUGUCAACUCGACUCCUCAACUGGAGAUAACUUUCUAGCACCUCACCAUGGGGAAGGAUGUAUUCAUAUGCCUUCACCAGCACAUGCAUUAAACAUGCAGAGAGUUACACAAGUUCUUACCACCUUGGGGCACCAUUCAGGGUGCCUUUUCAUCUGAUUAAAUUUAUAAUGAACAGGGACAUUGCGGUUGUCCCAAGUGGAUGGUAUGAUGAUAGGAUGGUUUUCUGGCCCAGCUAUAAAAACACCGACAGAAUUGAAAGGGCCGCUUUAAAUGAGGAGCAGCAUGAGCCAAACUGGCCAAGAUUUGACGUUUCUGUUGUCCGAACUUGUGACAACUACAAAGACGCAUUAAAAAUAAUGCAGCAAUAUGGAAAGGGCUGCAACACCUCAGACCUGCAAUCUGAGGCAGAGAACGAGGAGCUGCCAGAAAAAAGGAACAGGAAGCCAGUCCAUCGUCUCGGGGACUCAGAUGAUAGCGAAGAAGAUCCGGGAAAUAGUGACCUCACAUCUCUGGGGUUGGCAAGCCAAUUGCACAGGCAGACUCCACCGUCUCGCCGAGUGCCAGCAAGAGUCAUGAGUACUUGUCAACUCGACUCCUCAACUGGAGAUAACUUUCUAGCACCUCACCAUGGGGAACGACGCAUUAAUAUGCCUUCACCAGCACCUGCAUUAAACAUGCAGAGAGUUACACAAGGAACGGCAGUCCCUCCUCGACUCCCUCCACCCCCCUCACCAGCAGCCCUCAACAUGUGGCAGACAGAGGAGCCUGGAUGCAGCCUGGCCUACAGGCCAACAUGGCGAGGGGAAAGAAUGGCCGACAACAUUUCCUGCUCUGCGCCUGAGGUAAUCCAGAUCCUUAGCCUGCUGGAAACUAUUAAGCACAACCAAGACCAGCUGAUUGCGAAGGCUAGCACCUACGCCACGGCUAGCUCCACACCCUGCUCCAAGGCUAGCAACAUGUCUAGCCGCACCACGCCAAGCUCCACCACACCAAGUUCCUCCAGUCGCAGCUCCACCACGCCAAGUUCCUCCUGUCGCAGCUCCACCACGCCAAGUUCCUCCAGUCGCAGCUCCACCACGCCAAGUUCCUCCAGUCGCAGCUCCACGCCAAGUUCCGCCAGUCCCAGCUCCACCACGCCAAGUUCCGCCAGUCGCAGCUCCACGACGCCAAGUGCCGCCAGUCGCAGCUCCACGACGCCAAGUGCCGCCAGUCGCAGCUCCACGACGCCAAGUGCCGCCAGUCGCAACUCCACGACGCCAAGUGCCGCCAGUCGCAGCUCCACGACGCCAAGUGUCGCCAGUCGCAGCUCCACGCCGCCAAGUGCCGCCAGUCACAGCCCCACGACGCCAAGUGCCGCCAGUCGCAGCUCCACGACGCCAAGACCCAAGCCAAGACCCUCCAUGUAAAGACCCUCCACGCCAAGCUUCGUCAUGCCAAGACCCGCCACGCCAAGCUUCGUCAUGCCAAGACCCGCCACGCCAAGCUUCGCCGCCUGACGCGCCACGCCAAGCUUCGCCGCCUGCCGCGAUGACGACGCAUCCACCUCCUCGUCGGCCACGGAUGUGGCCAUUCUAUGGGCGUCCGCCACGCCAGGUACGCCGACCUCCUCGUCGGCCACAGAUGUGGCCAUUCCCAGGUCGCCCACCUCGUCAGGAGCAGUGGCGUUCUACGCGUCGUCGCCACCUAACCCUGCCCCGGUGGAUUCGGGGACACGUGGUCUGGCGACCCACCGCCAUGUCCCCCUCCCGCCCUCCGAUGACUCUUGUUCAUUUUUUUUUUUUUUUUUUUGGACAUCUUGUAUCUGUCCUUAAGGGAGGGGCUCUGUCAUGUCUGUGUGAUCAUGUUUUGUUUU